AUGCGGGGUGUUCUUCAAGUCGCCCUACUUCUGCCUUUGGCCGUGGGGAAUGCGCUUCCCCACGACCGAGCGCAGUUUAAAAAGAGACCCUUCGACCAUGUUGACGACAUUCUCGCAGGCUUGGGUAGCAUCAAGCAGGACCUGAUGGCUGGUGGCGCUGCAAUCAACCAGCAGCUCUAUCAAGCCACUCAAAAGCCCGCGCAGUACGAAAAGUGCAACCCCAGCAACGUCCAAGUGCGGCAGGAGUGGUCUACCUUCUCCAAGGCUGAGAAGAAGGCAUACAUUAGUGCGGUUCAGUGUCUAACUGAGCUGCCGUCAAAGACACCGAAGGAGAUGUGCCCCGGUUGUAGAAAUCGCUAUGACGAUUUCGUGGCCACCCACAUGCAGCAGACCUUCAACAUCCACGUUACGGGUAAUUUCCUUACAUGGCACCGAUACUUUACCUGGGCGUAUGAGCAGACUUUGCGCAAUGAAUGCGGCUACAAGGGCACGCAACCUUACUACAGCUACUCCAGAUGGCACAAAGAUCCUACAAAGUCGCCUCUGCUCGACGGCUCUGCGACGUCGAUUUCUGGACAGGGCGCUAAAGGAUGCAGCAAUCAGACAUGGACUGGAAUCCCGUCGAACGAUCAACCAGUCAUCAAGAUUCCGCAUGGCCAAGGUGGUGGCUGCGUGACCUCAGGACCGUUCACGAACUUCACUGUCAAUCUCGGACCGUUGGUUCCUGCAUCCAAAUGUGUCCGACCGAAUCCCGAUCCGUCCGGCCUAGGAUACAACCCCCGUUGUCUCAUGCGCGAUAUCAACGGCUUCACAGGAGAGGGAUGGCUGAAGGACGACGACGUGGUUUCUCUGCUCCAGAGUGACGACUACCAAACGUUUUGGGAAGUUUUGCAAGGUGGGCCAAUGGGGAACAGCUUCGCGAACGGUUUCAUGGGCGUGCACACGGCCGGUCACUUUAUCAUUGGCGGCGAUCCGGCGGGUGAUUUCACGGCAUCUCCUGGAGAUCCCUACUUCUUCUUCCACCACUCGUCGAUUGACAGGCUUUACUGGACUUGGCAGAACCUGAAGCCGAGUGAGCGUACAACUGCCUUGUAUGGACCUACCUUCAUCGGAACCCCGACCUCGCCCAAUGCAACACUCAACGACACCCUGAGCAUGGGGGCAGCAUAUCCUGGGCCCAUCACCAUAGAAGAUGCGUCGAGCACCAUGGGCGGACCAUUCUGCUACAUCUACAUUUAG